AUGGCGGGGACGGGGCCUCCGAGAACACGCGAAGUCGUCUCAGAUGUCGCUGCCGCCGCCUUCGCCGCCUUCGACGCCUUGCCCCCCGCAGUCAUCGACGACAAGGUGGACCCGGACUACGAGACUCUGCGCAUCGGCAACUCCCUGUCGCACCGCAACAAGGGCAAGGGCGACGAGGACGACAAGAAGGGAGGACAAACUUCGGAGACAUCGCAAGACAACGACGUGGAGAGUGAAUACUUGGAGAACGAAAAUGAAAACGAUGAAGUGUUCGAGAACGCCGAAAACAUGGAGCAGAACUCGGACGAGACAAAGGGCAAGAAGCCGGGCAAGGACACGGUGACCUCGGCCUUCACCUACGUGGCCCUCUACCGCUUCCAGUCGCAGGAGAAGGACGACCUCGACCUUCACCCUGGGGACCGGCUACAGGUCACUGAUGACUCCAACGAAGAGUGGUGGAAGGGCAAGAUCGGCGAGCGAGUCGGCUACUUCCCCGCCAACUUCACGCUGAAGAUCCGCACGACGGAGCGUGUGUUUCGCUGCGUGCGCACAUUCGUGGGCAACCGCUACCUGGGCCAGAUCACGCUCAAGCAGGACCAGAUCUGCGUGGAGAAGGGCGGAGGCAGCAACGGCUUCCUGGCCGUGACGAGUGGCAGGAAGAAGGGCCUGGUUCCCGGCGACUUCCUCGAGCAGAUCUAACGGCGCCACCACAACGGGACACGGGGUGGUGGUGGUGGUGGUGGGCGGUGGUGGUGGGCGGUGGUGGGCGGUGGUGGGCGGUGGUGGUGGGGGGUUAACGUAGACAAGGUCACGCAAAACCUGCACGGUCGCGCGUCAAGGUCGUGAACAAAACUAGAGCGGACGAAAGUGUUCGCCAGAGGAUAGGUGGGUUUUUGUUUUGUUUCUUUUUAAAAAUAUAAAAUUUACUUUCGUCGACGAUGACUUCUGGGGUGGGGGGACUCUCUUUUUUUCCACUGCCACAUUCGAACCGUGCCGAGGGCUCUGGCUGUCACGUGACCGCCGUGGCGCGGCCCGUCGGUGGCGCGUUGCUCGCUCCCUCGCUCGCUCGCUCCCUUGUUGCAGAGGUUGCCCCAGGCCCAUCACUCGAGCAAGCGAGACUCACGCCGGCCCCUUGAGCUCUUGACAUUUGAACUUUGCCGGCUCAGCGCGGCUCAGGUGGCGCGGGGUUUGUGUGGUUUUUUUUAAUUUCCCCUCCUACCCCCCCUCCCGCACUACGGUAGACGAACAGCGUUGACGGCGCCUCUUGCCUUUACACCUUCGCUGGCAAUGGCACGGGGCGAUUAAGAUGUUCAAACACCAAGGCAUCAACUUCGUUCGUGCCGUACGUAGCCGACCGUGCUAAUUGGAGGUGCGGGUGGGGGGAGGGGGCACCAGACCGCACACACAACAAAAGCACUUGUAAAGAAAUGAGUUUUCAUUCUCAGAGGGAGUGUGGGUUACUCGCGACUCCUCCAAGACGUCUGCGCAGCGUGGAAGAGUAGGCCAAAUACAGGGGCUCUCUCGGGCGCCCUCUGGAUAGAGACCCUUCUGUCAGCAGUGGCUGUGAGAAGGCAAUUGCAGGGCUGCGCUUUUAUCAGUCACGGGGGGGGGGGGGCUCCCAACUCAAGCAAACGAGGGGAAGACGCUCCGCCGGUGUGCAAAUUCCACGUUCCUCUGGCGGGUGCCAGUCCCUCCGUGGAACAACCAACUGAUGACUCCCCAUAAAGUGGUUCUCGCUUUGCUGUUGUUGUUGGUGUAUCGACCAAUGGAGAGAUGAUGAGUCAAACUGCCCCUUCCCUAUACUCUUAGUUUAUUUUUUUUUGGGUAAAGUCACGUAGGUAAAAAAUAAUAUAAAUGUUGGUGGCCGUGAGCGAGAAUCGAACCCUGGUCGCCAGAUUAGUAGCGCGCUAAACUCUACACACACACACAUAUCGUGCGUUAAUAUCCAUAAGAGGUUUGUGAGUUCGGCUCCUCGAACCCGCAGCGGCCGCCUGAAGCAAGUGAAGGAAUAACGCAGCGACUCACGCGCCGAUUGAGUUACACUUUUUAACACGCGCGUCCUUGACUUUGGGGAAAAUAAAUAAACAAACAAACCCAUCAGCACGGAAGCCAAACGGCAGCUGCCAGGGCUAAUACAGUAUUUGCCAAAAAAAUUCGAUUUAAAGCUUUCGUGACUGCAGGGAUUCAUCUUCUUGCUUCUUUCGGUAAAGUCACGUAGAAUGGAAAUAAUAAAAUAAUAAAAACAAAACAAUAAAAUAAUUCUCACGACGUUUCGGCCACAACGCAUGCAGCCGUCCACAUGUGAAGACCAGGUCUGUCUACGUGACUUUACCGAAAGAACCAAGAAGAAGAAAAAUAAAGCAGUUGUCCUUUUUGGUUUGGUUCGAUGUGUGUGUCCCCCCAGUACGCCCCGGUGGCUAUGAGAUGUUAACCUCCUCGCCUGGUCUACAGGAGGUCGUGGUUUCGACCCCGACCGUGGCGAUGCUUGCUGCUGUUUAUUUGGAGUUUUGCGUGUCUCUCUCCCCCCCCCCCCCCGUGACCGCGUGGAUUUUUUUCCACCGGGUCGUCUGGUUUUUCCCUCCAUGUUUAGAAUCGGCGUCACUCACGCGUUUAUCGAUCAUCUGGCUGCUAUAAAUGUCCACGUGAUGAUGAGCCGCUUUGUUGAGCUCUCAUUUGAGAUUGGCCGGUCUCUUCUGAAAAAACGAGCUGCGUAAAACUUGAUUUGAAGCUUUCGUGAUUGCAGGAAUUACUCUUUGGUUCUUUCGGUAAAGUCACGUAGAAAGAAAAUGGAUUAAAUAAUAAAGAAAACAAACUUAGCAUUUUUUUCUUUCGAAAUGUAAUGCAAUGCAAGGCAGAGAGUCGGCUUAACUGUGCUAAGUUUGUUUUCUUUAUUAUUUUCUUUAUUUUCUUUUUACGUGAAAUCACCGAAAUAACUCAGUGGGCCUUAACCUGGUCAAAUAAAAAAAAUAUUUUCGUUUUUGAAGUACCUCGUUCAUCAAUGUGGACAAUCGUCUGUAGCAGAGGCCGGCAACCAAAAUAACCAGAAUCUAUUUUUUUGGGGGGGAGGGAUUCGGUAAAAAUAAAAAAUCCUCAAUAUUUUAAGAGCCGCAAUGAUUACGAGACGGUGGGGGGGGGGGGUAAUGAAUAAAUAACCGUCUUCUUGGUUCUUUCGACUUUACCGAAAGAACUUUACCGAAAGAACCAGAGUAUGAAUCCUUGCAGUCACGAAAGCUUCAAAUCUAUAAUUUACCGAAAGAACCAAAGAGUAACAUGAUUCAUAUUGGAUUUUAAUCUUUGCCAGAAUUGUCGUGCAAUCGUCCCCGGUACGGAUGGACAGAGACGCCAGGUUUCACACGUAAGCCUUUCGCGACCAAUAUCAUCCAGAGGCGGUGGCAUAAACACUGCCAACCUCGGUUGGAAAGCAUUGCGAACUGAGCCUGCAGUUUUCGUGGAAAAAUAUUUAUAGGGGCACUUUAGCCUUAAUUUCUUGUGGAAUAUGUUUCAACCCAGCCUGUCCCAAGCCCCACAGAGCCCCCCCUCCCAACACCGACGGCAUGGGGGGGGGGGGGGGGUAGGUCAUGGCCAGGGACAUUUUCUGGAGGUCAGCCCCGGAGAGCUCUGGCUCAAAUUAAGUCCUGGGGGGCAUUACUCAAUUGAGUGUUAAUCUUAAUCAUGUCCAUAUUUACGCGUCAAUUCAUGCUUGCUUACUCUAUGGAGAUGUGUGUCCAUGAAAACAACAUUGAUUUACAUGCACCACGAUGAAGGGCUAUUGUCCAGAACGUCAACCAUCAUAUGUAUGUUUUUCUUUUCUUUAAAGACCGCAUUGUUGGGACGCCGCAGUGGCGAAAUGUUAACUACCUCGCCUGGUGUACAGGAGGUUGUGGGUUCGAUCCCGAACCUGACGCCUGCUGUAUAUUUGGAGUUUGCACGUUCUCCCUGUGGUCGCGUGGAUAGCUUUUGUUCCUGUUCCUCCCGGUGUCUCCCCUCCACAUUUAGAAUCAACGUGCGCUUAGAGCAUUUGGCUGCUAUAAAUGUCCACACGACAAUCCGUCACUUCGCUGAGCUAUAAUUUGUGGUGGCCAGGUCGCUUCUGAUAAAGAGCCGUUUCGCUCAGUGGGCCUUACCUGGUAACUAAUACAAAGUUGAUAGUUUGGUUAAAAUGUAUAUAUAUUAUCUGUGUGUGUGCGCACCACUUGCCAACGCAACAGCAUCAGUGGCAGCAUCAUCAACUACUGGUAAAAGAGUUCCCAUGAUGUAGCUGCUGCUCACCCCGAGCGAUAAAUGCUCUGAUCGGUGCGGCAUUGCCUUUGUACUGUUCGCAUUUUGGCGUUCUCUGGUCUGACACUGGUGACGACACUAGGCCAUGAAGAAGGCUGUCUCUGGUGUAGGCAAAUGAGUUUUGCAUUAUGACUGCAGGUAUUGUGGUCAAUAUAAACACAACUCCUUGCAAAAAAAGGUGUCAGUUUUGUUGCCAUAUAAAAGGGUAAAAAAACAAUUAUCAUAUUUUUUACUGGCAAAUGAGGUUCCAAUGGUGUAAAUGCUUACCUUGAGCUCUCAUACUGAUGGUACAUUGUCUUUAAGUUGUGCGCCUUUUGGCGUCAUCUGGUCCAACCCAUGUGAGACUAGGCUCUAAGGAAAGUUGUCUCGGGUGUGGACCAAUCAACUUCAGGGACAGUGCAUAUAUUAUCAGAGUUAUGUUUUUUGUUUGCAUUAUGACUGCAGGUAUUGUGGUCUAUGCAAACAUGACUCCUUGUAAAAAAGGUGUCAGUUUUGUUGCCAGAUAAAAGGGUAAAAAAACAAUUAUCAUAUUUGAAAGACAAUGCCAUAUUUUAUCAGGGCAUGUUUUGUUUCAUAUUCUUGGUUCUUUCGGUAAAGUCACGUAGAAGGGAAAUAAUAAAAUAAUAAAAAUAAAACAUAAGAUAAAAUUCUCACGACCUUUCAGCCGUUCUCAGGUGAAGAACAGGGCUGUCGGAAAGACAGCGUCCUCAUUAGGACAGCCCUGUUCUUCACCUGAGGAUGGCUGCUUGCGUUGUGGCCGAAACGUCGUGAGAGUUUUAUCUUAUGUUUUAUUUUUAUUAUCUUAUUAUAUCCCUUCUGCGUGACUUUACCGAAAGAACCAAGAAUAUGAAUCCAUGCAGUCACGAAAGCUUUAAAUCAUUAAAUAAUGCAGACAUGAUUCCUCUGUUUGGUGUUCCAACAUCUUAACACCUGUUUUAUUGCCAGAAAGGGUAACACCUAUUGUGAUUUUUCAUACAUUGAUGCUGGCACAAAAUGUCCCCAUGUUAUCACCAAAUAACCCAUUGCAAUUCUGAGUUACUACGAAUAAAACGUCGAUUUCAUUUUAUUUUAAACAGUCCAUGUAUUCGCACUAGCAAACAAAACAAACUAACAACAACAACAACAACCGGUUUCAAUCGUCCGUGUAAUGUAAUCGUGGAUCUACGACAUCAAUGCAAAUACGCAGUCACUGACCCGGAUAACUUUUUGCUGACAUUGGGCCACCGUUCCAAAUUUGGCUGGCGGUCAUAUCGUCAAUAAAGCAAAAGUAUCCGCAGCGUUGCUCGGCAAGUAUUUAUGAAAUGCUCCUAUGCAAUAAGUCUUGAAUGUAUGCACACUCGUAUGCAACAGCUGGAAUAAACAAACAAGAAUUAUAAUUUA